AUGCCGAAGCUGUUGGCCGCUCGAGCGGCCGGACCGUUGGCUAGCCAGACGCAGCUUGAACAGGACGCCGAAGAGGAUCUGCCCGCUCCACACUUCGAAGGCGAUCCGACCCCGAGACUCUCGCAGCGUUCGCCCGUGGGCAGCGCCAACCUGAUCCUCCGCAACUUCCGCGACAUUCCGCUCGACACCGCGCAGCUAGCUCCGGCCAACGGCCUCGUCUUCCCAGCCGACAUGGACUUGACGUUCACGCGCGAACAGAUGGGCAAGGAGGGCUAUACUAUGGUUGGCAAAGGCGGACCAAAGGACGGCCCUUUUACGCUCGCCCAUCAUUGGCUUGCCUUUAAGAUGGACAAGAAUCUAUGCGGGAUUAAUGGCAGGCUAGCGGCUCCAGGCGAACCGCUCGUGAUCAUCUCGAGCAAGGAGCGUCUGGACGAGAUCGCAAACGCCGUCUCCCGCUCCCACCGCCCCGACAAGCCUUACGAGGGCGUCAACGUCUUUGUUUCACGGAUCGACACUGUCUGGCUAUACUGCGGACGCUAUCGAAUCGUCCACGAUGGCCGACUCGAUGAGCAUGCCCAGCCUCUGCCCGUCGGACCCUCCGCCAACCAGAUGUGGCCGCCACUUCUGCGGCGGGCGUUCCGUCGUCACGCCAGCGAUAAUAAGGACACCAAGACACUGCCGCCGUGGCGUCAACGAGUCCUGCGGGACUGGAAUUUCGAAACGGCGUACGACCUUGUGUUGGCGGACCAGGAGUUGAAGGCGGCGCAACCGAGCGAGCGGCCGCAGAGGGUGAUGCGAUACCUCGUCCUCGCUUGCGAUGGUGUUGACGAGGAAUCGUUGGCCGUUUGGAAGGCGAAUAAGCUGAGUGGGAAGAGGAAGGCCGUCGAAGAUGGAGACAAGGCGGCGAAGAAAAAGCGAUCAGCGCCCGCGGAGGAUGACUACCACUCCGACGACGAUGGCGAAGAUGACGAGUACUGA